AUGGAAACUGUCAAUUCUGCCAAAAUUUCGUCCUUACAAUUUAUUUAUUCUACUUUGGUAUUCUUUGCCCAUCUCGUCCAUACAUCAGUACCAUUUCGGGUACGGCGAGAUAGUGCAGAUGAUCUGUCCACGUCAAACGAAUGUUUCCAUCGAUACUCAGAAGAAAACCAUCAUAAGAUCUUCUCAUCAUAUUUACAUCGAAAAAACUCCUCGCAUUACUCCCCAAUUGCACCGUCAUAUCAACAAGCGCUAUUGAAAUUGCAGCUCAACGGCCUUCGACACGGAGAGCAGAUUACUACAAGUUCAACUUCAUGCAAUAGCAAAAAGCUAGAGGUAAUCAGCGCAGAAACGCCUCUGCGAGAGCGAGCACUGUGCAAAUUUGAAUACAUCCUUAACUACAAUCCAAGGCGACUACCAGCAGCUUUAACAGAAGUCAAGUGCAGUUGUGACCGCCCUAAUCCGAGGCUUGUCGGAAAGCGAAUUUUCGAGUGCGAGCAUCUCCGGUAUCAGGUUCGCGUGUUGAUGUUUGAUGAAACGUGUAACACCUUUCGAGAGUACACCGAGACAAUCGCGUUAGCUUGUAUUCCUGUAGUGCAGGCAAAUGCGAAUGCAGACGGUGAAGCAGACUUCAUGUUCCCCAUCAAAGCAGAAGUACCUGUGUGA